CGACGUUUGGUUGUCGUCGGGCUGAAGAGGAGUGCGGUUGGAGUGCGAGAGGGUCGCGGCCGCGAUGAUCUGACAGAUGAAAUAGCGAAAAAAGAAAGAGAAGGCGGGCGUCUUCACACACAAAACAAUGUUCCCCAAAGGCAAAGGCACCCCGGUGCCGUCGGACGGGCAGGCUCGAGAAAAGUUGGCUCUCUACGUCUAUGAGUACUUGCUACACAUAGGAGCACAGAAGUCUGCACAGACCUUUUUGUCAGAGAUCCGAUGGGAGAAAAACAUAACACUCGGAGAACCCCCUGGAUUCCUACAUUCCUGGUGGUGUGUAUUCUGGGACUUGUAUUGUGCUGCACCAGAGAGGAGAGAGACGUGUGACCACUCCAGCGAAGCUAAAGCCUUCCAUGAUUAUAGUGCGGCAGCAGCCCCCAGUCCUGUGAUGGGAGGGAUGCCCCCUGGAGAGGGCAUGCCAGGAGGACCCAUGCCACCAGGCUUUUUUCAGGGUCCUCCGGGUCCCCAGGGCUCUCCUCACCCUCAGCCUCCUCCCCCUAACAGUAUGAUGGGACCUCACAGUCAGUCCUUCAUGUCACCUCGCUUUGCUGGAGGCCCGAGAGGUCCCCCAAUCAGAAUGGCUAACCAGCCACCAGGUGGAGGUCCAGGUCCUCAUCCCAUGCUGCCUAACAUGGACCCCACACGACCACAAGGUCACCCUAACUUGGGACCAAUGCAGAGAAUGACCGGUCCUCGAGGAAUGGGACCCAUGGGCCCCGGCCCACAGAACUUUGGUGGUGGUAUGCGGCCUCCACACAACACCAUGGGUCCCGGUAUGCCUGGAGUAAACAUGGGCCCAGGGACUGGUCGGCCAUGGCCCAAUCCUAACAAUGCCAACUCUAUGCCUUACUCAUCACCCUCUCCUGGCGCAUACGGGGGGGCAUCUGGAGGAGGACCACCAGGCACUCCCAUCAUGCCCAGCCCUGCAGACUCAAACAACUCUGGUGACAAUUUGUACACCAUGAUCAACACUGGAGCUGGCAACCGAAACAAUUUUCCCUUGGGGCCUGGCUCUGACGGACCCCUGGGAGCCAUGGCUGGGAUGGAACCACAUCACAUGAAUGGAUCACUAGGCUCUGGUGAUAUGGAUGGGAUGAACAAGAAUUCCCCAAACAAUUUAAGUGGCAUUAGCAAUCCUCCCGGGACCCCGAGGGAUGACGGCGAGCUGAGUGGAAACUUCCUCCACUCCUUUCAGAGUGAGAACUACUCCCCAACCAUGACGAUGAGUGUGUGACCCUGUUCACCCCGCCCCACCCAAGACAAUUUGCCAUCUUUCCGAAGAUCUGAACCCGCUAUAGGACACGGCCAAACACAUCAGCACCGAAUCAGGGACAGGCGCCAUUUUGGUUCCACACUAACACCAGAAUGCUGAUCUGAGAAAAAUCUAAAUGGCUGGCAACUACUGCUCCUUGCUCAAAAUGAAGGAUAAUUUCUCCAUUUCUCACAACCCCAAGUGUGACAAAACCAGCUACUGAAAUGCAUCUGACAUGCUUUGUGUUCUUUGCAGAGCCUCUGUAACCCCUUUCAGUCUCCUCGAACCCCUCAGCCCCAGAGUGAAGAGAAAAAAAAUGGUUGAAGUUUACCUCUUGUACUUUUUAAUUAUUGCUUUGUGGUGCAAGAUGUGCAGGAAAUGUCUCUGCUUUUGUCACUUAAAACACUGGAGAGUGUGCAUAUGUAUCGUGAGCUUGGAAAGUCUUUGUCUCGUCAUUUUACUUAUAGCCAUGCAUACUGUGUCACACGUCAGUUUACAUGGACACAUUGGCUUUUACUUUAUGGCCACUUUUACGAAUUAUGUACAAUUCUUCCCGAUGCCCGAGGUUUUUAAGGGGAACGAUGUGAAAGAAUACAGCUUUUAUUGUGAUGACCUUUCACAGUAGGCGAGUGCUCAGAUGGUUCUUAUAAUGUCGAAUUGAUCCUGUUCGAUCAGUUUCAGUCUCUUACUGUUGACGCCGACGCUACUCUGCGCUCUUUGCUGUUCGAGUCCGACGGGCCGCCGUGGCGCUCUGUCACGGGAAACCAGACUUGGACAUUAGAAGUGAGUGCAUGAAUGCUGAGAAUCUGCGUACAACAUACUACCUAGUGCUGCUCUUCUCUUACGUGGACACCUGCUUUAAGAUGUGGUGUAUAUCUCUUUACCUGCCUGUGCUUAACACUCUGUGCUCUUCAUUGUCGUAGCCUUCUGUGUUUCUUUCCAGUUGGGUUGAUGAAAUGGCUAUGAUCGAGCUGCCCAUUAGAAUCUCUCGUACAUAUUGGUUGUUCAUACUUCCCUGCUGUAUCAUUGGUCAUCCCUGUGGCCCUGCACCUCCCUCUCUUGCUAACCCACACAUUUUUUAUAUUUUGAUACAAUCUUUGACUACAUAUAUUGCCCCAGUUAUUCAGAGUUAGUCAGAGCUUUCGAAACUGAUUCUAGUAGGCAUCAUUAUAAACUUAGCAGCAGUCUUGUAAAUGUGAUGAGAAUUUUCCAUUUUUUUUCCUGUGAACCUUACGCAUUAUACACAUCUGUCCUAUGUUGCCUUUAUUUGCUGAUAUUUUUUUAUUUCAAAUUGAGGAAAGAUUGCUUGUUAAUAUAAUUUUACAAUAACUUA